UUUAAUAGGACACACAGAGUGAGUGAGGGGAUGGAGGAGUUUCGGCGGGCUGCUGGACGAUCGUGCCAUCAACCCGGUGGCGACCGUUUGGGAAGAAAUCCGAAGACACCACAAUCGUGUAUUGCUUGCUGAUAAGAGCCAGCACUGACUGUUGUGUGCCUGUUGUGCAGCUUCUGCUAAUCGGUGUGGGUAAAUAUAGACCCCGGCCAUAGUCAUCACCACCUUCGUACAGAGCGGUGUCAAUGGACAAGACGAAGAGCGUUAAGAACAACAACGAGGAGCAAAAAAAGAACACCUAGAACCGAGCACGAAACCGGAGGAUCGGAUUGUGCGUAAAGCGAUAGGGUUUUGCCCGUUGAGCAAUAAUAACGCGUACGGAUCGCCGAUCGAUGCCAUUUGCUGCAAUACCAGGGUGGUGUCUUGAUGCCGGCAACGUCGAAGAAUCUUUUCGUGCUGUGCUAUUCUCGCAUCUAAUCGGUUAGAGCUAGACCAAACGAACCCGGCCGGCCAUCGGAGUGUCGUGUUAACCGUUGUGGUAGAAGCUCCAGUGAGCUUGCUUGAUCAGUUCCGUCGUUCGUUUCGGGUUCUGUUUCCUACGCAAACUCCGAACCCUCGUGUGCUGGCGUUUGCUACGAAAACCCCCAGCUGUAGCUUGUUUGCUGUCCUUGUGCUUCCUCCCCGCCGUUGCGUGCCGCUGUGUAAUUAUUUGCAGAGCAUCCGCCAUCCACAGGCCAGUAUAGUGUGAUAGACACCGAACGAUUGUCCCUUUAAAUCGCGGCACGGGUACAUUAAUCCACACCGGUUCCUCCAUCCAUUGGCGGCGGUUUUUGUGUGAGUGUGUGUGGGUGUGUCUAUUGGUGAGAGCACACGGAGUGUCAAUGUUACUAACGCAGCUGGAGAUUGCAGUCUCAAAUCCUACCCUGAAACGGAAACAUAGUGGCCAUCUAGAGGCGCGGAAGAAAAAAAUGGAAGCCAUUAACUGGAACAAGAUCAUGUACAUCCCCCAGGAGGGGAAGUUGAUCUAUUUCGAUCAACGCACGUACAAACUACCGGAAGCGAUAGUCACGAUGUACUCGGACCGGGCACAGCAUCUGGAUCUCAGCCACAACAAGCUGUCGUCGUUCGAUGCCCUCGAGCUGUUUCCCUUCCUAGAGGAGCUGGUGCUGGACAACAACUACCUCACGGACGAGAUCAUCUUCCCCGCGCAGCUCAACAACGUGAAGCUCCUGUCGCUCAAUAACAAUAAGUUUAAAAAUCUAGAUUUACUGCUCACGAAGCUAUCGCUUUGCUUUCCCAACCUCGAGUACCUGAGCCUGCUCGGAAAUCCUGCCUGCCCGUGCCAUCUGCUCAACCUCAAGUAUACUGAGUACGACUAUCAGAAGUACAGGCUGUACAUCAUCCGGCACCUACCGCAGCUACGCAUUCUCGACGCACAGCGUGUGAAGAAGAUGGAACGUGAUUUCGUACGAUGCCAGUUGGAAAAUUACGGCGAAACGAUCGAGCAGGACCCGAACGUACUAUCAGCAACGCGCCAGCAGCAGGCGGCCAGGAAAAGCAACACACUGAAGCACAUCUACACCACCGUCAGCAGUGGACUCUGGCUGCGAAAUAAGACGGCCCCGGUGUACAGCCCGCUGCCGGAGACGCUGCGGGAGGUGGGUGAUCAUCGGGGUGCAUACGGAAAAUGCCGCUACCGGUACGUGGGCGCACAGUCCGAGGGGAACCGAUUCAUACUCAACAAGGACUUAUGAGUAGC